UGCUCCCAAUUUGCAAGUCCAAGUCCCAUACUCCCAUGUGUUUUUCAUUUACAUGCGCAGCCAUCAAAGCAACCCUGACACUUUUCUCCAAGCUGACAAAUCCUCGCUCUUCAGUCUUCAAUGUACACGUACACUUUCUCUCCAGUCUCUCAACUUCACCAAAUUGCAUGAGAAAAAGCUUCAAUCUUUAAACAAUCCCAAUUUCUCUUUCUUAUGAUCCUGAAUUCUUGUAUUUGAUCACUUCAUUUAUCUGGGAAUACAUUUUUUUGAUUUUGCUUAUUGGUUGAAGAUGAUGAAAGCCAGGAAACCCCAUUUCAUUGAGGUUUUUCUUCCCAAUUUGAGUUCUAACAGGCUGAAAGUGCCAUCUAAAUUUGUUGAACACCUUGGACACCGAAAAUCUGGAUCUCUCUCAUUGACGGGACCAAGUGGUAAUAUUUGGCAAGUCGAUUUGUUUGAGUAUAGUGGUCACUUGUUUUUCCGUGAUGGGUGGCCUACAUUUGUAAAGGAUCAUUCCAUACAAUGUGGUGAUACACUAGUCUUCAGAUAUGACGGAAAUUUAAAGUUUACUGUAAAGAUUUUUGAUGAAACCUCAUGUGAAAAAGAUGAAGCAUUUCUUGCAAAUUGUACUCAAGGAGCUUCUGAGUGUGAUGACAAUUUGAGAAAGAAAAGAGAAAGGGACACUGAAGCUUCCUUGGUAAAGUCAGAUGCUGAAAAGAAAAUGAGGGGCAGCUGGGUGCCGGUUCAUGAAGAUUCACUUGCCGUUAAUAAGAAAAAAAAGUCCAAAAGGUCAAAAAAGUCAAAAAAGAAAUCGAAGGACACUGUAAUGAAUGAGCAUAAUACUGGAACAGACAACACUGUCACAACAUCUGAGACGACAGUUGUUUUGGCUAUGGCUGCUCCUGACGGAUUCGAUGCAUUAAAAUUUCAUAACAAGAAAAUUACUCCAAAUUUGGAGAAAUCCUGGAAAAAGAAGCAAAAGCCUGAAAAGCAGAAUACACCAAGCAUAUCAAAGUUCAUAGAGGAAAGGGCUGCUCAUUACUUCUCGUCUACGUUUCCAUAUUUUGUCAGAGUUAUGAGCUAUUCCAAUAUAAGUGGCAACAGUACUUUGAAAAUUCCAACUCAAUUUUCAACUUUGCACCUUCCAAAUUCGCGAAUACAAGUGACACUCAUGAAUCUGAAUGGAGAUUGUUGGACUGUAAAUUCUAUUCCAACUAUAAAACGCCAUACUAGAAUGCAUACUCUUUGUGGUGGCUGGAUAGCAUUUGCCCGUGCUAAUGGUGUCAAGAUAGAAGAUGUGUGCAUCUUUGAGCUAGUGGAUGAACUUAAACUGCGUGUCCGCAUUCUACGACUGGGUUUGGAAGGGUUGGACUAUCAAAUUGGAAGCAGUUUUGUUGACACUGAUGGUGUCGGAUCAGGUGAAAGGUGCUUUGAAACGAUGGAAGAUGUAACACCAGAUGUAGGAGUCGAUUCUGCUGAAGAUCUAGUUCAAAUAAAUGAGGGUCUUGACUGUGGUUCUCCAUCUUCCUUCGGUGUUCGUGAUGAUUCCACCUCAGAGCUCCUACUAUGUGAUGCUGGAAACACUAUGUCAUAUCACACAAUUGGAGACAACCAAGUGGAUUUACAAGUCAGACACACUACGGAAAUGCCACAUACACCUGAAAAAUCCAGAGACUUCCUAUCUUUUACUUCUCCUUUUCCUAGUUUUACGAAGGUUAUGAUGAGCUCCAAUGUUGGUGGAAAAUGCGCUUUGGUCAUCCCUAGAAAAUUUGCAGCCGAAUAUCUUCCAAGUUACAGGUCUGAGGUAGUUCUCCGUAAUUUGAAUGGUGCCUCUUGGAAUGUUACUUCAGUUCGGUAUGGACUGCAACCAAAAUUCUGUGGUGGCUGGAAAUCAUUUGCACAAAUGAACAAUGUGAAAGUUGGGGACACGUGUGUCUUUGAACUUCUUGAAGAAAGGGUAUUUCAAGUGCGAGUUUUUGAGGAUUAUCCAACGAAACCGGUGUGUGCCGAUGACGAAAAUAUAGCCAAUGAUUCAGGAGCAUCUAUUGAGUCUACACAAUGUGGUUCUUUAUCAGAGAGGGUGCUGCAGAUGGGUGUUUUUGAGCGAAGUCUGAAGGAACCAGAGUAUCUAAAUGAUGAAAUUAUCGGUGAUGAUUCAACAGAUUUCAUUCAGUCGACACAAUUUGGUGUUGAGUCUGCAACAUAACUCGUAUCCUGUGGUCACAAAUCCAGGUGGUAGGAGAAGCUUUUCGGACAUCAAAAUGGCUAAUUGGGUAUUGGUUUCCAGUUAAAUAAUGUAUCAUCUAAAUGUCUGAUACAAACCAUAUGAACAUCCUGUACAAAUAGGUCAUGAAGCUGAAACCAGCCAGGUAAACAACGGACAACAGAUUGUUAACAAGGCGACUAAUUAAUUGUGUGAGUGUAAUUGAAAGGAAACUAUAUUCUGGUGAUGUACACUAACCUCAAUAAGUUGACUAUUAUUCGUUCUGUGCUAUUGACAAUCUUUCACGUCGAUUUAUAUUGGUUCGUGUGGUAGACCUCGUAUUGUUAGGAUUAAGACUGAAAGUGCGAGAUUGUUUUUGUAACACUAAGGAGUUGUACGUAACCUUUUUGUAUUGAAAUAAGUUAAGGAAAACAAUCCCGAGAGGGUAAUGGAGUUGUAAGUUUGUGCAUUUUAGGUACUUUAUAAUGCAAAAACAAGGUCGCAUCAUCAUAUCUUGACUGUAUCAUAAAGGUAUUUAAGUUCACCGUGACCAAAAUAUAGAUUUUUGAAACCGUAUUUUUGCACAAUGACUUGCAUACUGAAUUCUAAACUUAAGUCGUAGAAACUUAUGAACAAAUGAACCCUCUUCCCCACCCCCAACCUUCACAUGUGCUAAAAAUCCUACUUAUUGAACAUUCACUCAAACACUCGUCUUUUGCACUAC